AUGGGCGAUGCGCUAUGUGGGCCAUCCAAUGCCCUCCAGAACUUCCAGAAGCAUACUUCCGUUGAUCGGACACUACAGCAAGACCGGUUAACUUCACGGCAAUCACCGGGCCAGGGGUUUCGAUCUCAGAACCCUCAAGAGGGCAUACUUGACCCGGAGUUCGCCGCAUUCGAAGCCAACCUUGCUGGCCCCGCAUUACCAGACUUACAACACCCUGCUCACUUUGCACAAUCACACCAUGCAGCCACUCACCAUCCGGCCGCCCAUCAUAUGGGGAACGCCAGUUGGGCUUCCGACUUCCAGAACUUACAAAUAUCGGGACCGUCGCACCCCGCGCAGCUACAACGGCCUAACAUCGCACCCGCAACAGCAAAUGGCGGGUGGCAUGCUGAGUUCAUGAAGCAACAACAAAGACCGAUGCAACAGGCCCAUCAGACACCGCAAAUGCACGGGGCUUACCAACCGUCUUUCGCACCGAGCUAUCCUAUGUAUGGGUCGAUGAAUCAGAUGCAGCCAUCCCAAGCUAUGCAAAGCCAGCAGAAGCCUGUGGAGCAAUUUGAUGAAUCUGCCUUUGAAGCCGCCUUUGACCAAGCCCGGGCAGAUAUGGAACUGCAGGGAGCCGAUCAAAAAGAGACUCAGCAGAAUUUAGAGGACACCCAUGAAUAUGAGCCAGUCACCGAAGACGUUCGACUAGGAUCCGAUCUCAUCCCACAGAGCGAGAAGCAAGACCCACAGACCCGAGGACGCGAUGCCGAUGAACUCGCACGAACCGCCGGACAACUCCUAGAUAGCGUGCGCAAUGAGCAAAGUGAGAAGUUCGCGCAAAGCAACUUCCUGGCAUUGAUGCGUCGGAUUCGAGAUCGUGAGGUGGAAGUGGAAGGGGACGAGUUUCGUGAAGUCAGUACCAACCCGUAA